AGAGAGAGAAAGAGAGAGAGAGAGAGAGAACGAGAGCGAGCGAACGAGCGAAUGUGCCUGUGUAUGCGUGCACGAUCGAAAAAUGUAUCUUCCGCUGUGGCCGAGCGCGGUAUCGCGCACUGCGUUCGUCGUCAUCGUCGCGAGUCCUCGCGCUUGAGAGCGGACCCGUCACCGGGCCGCCGGCCGCCGGGAAAACCCGAGCGUGCUUACGUGCUUACUGUCCCGCGGCGGACAGAGGCCCCGAGUUCGUGUGGUCAACGUCGUCGAUCGCUGAUUACACAAGCGGGCUAACGGGGACCGCGCGAAGUUACGGAGGUUUUCUAUACCCCUCAAAGUUCCAUACCGCAGAUGGUCAUCGCGGCCGAGUCAUCCGAUUUCCAUUGAUUUGUAUUUAUAGUGUCCAUCCCGGUUUAUUUUCGCAUACGGCACGACCGAAAGAGAAUAUGCACCUAUCCGCUGGCUGACGACGUGUCCUCAUCGUAAGUGCUCGCCUGCGACGAGCAACAGAGUGGAGCCCCGAUGAAAUAUAGCUAUAUAUUGUUAAUCGAAGAAAGAAUUUGGAACUUGAUGGAAUUGUUGAUUAUUUCAUGUGAAACUCGCUGAAACUCAUAAGCUUCGUGUAAAAUUAAUGUUUAAAAAGAAAUCAGAAAAGCAACAAUGUUACAGUCGUCUGCAAAUCAUCGACCAGAAAAUAACGCGAAUGUUUUGUAAGAAAUCGCGAUUGUGAGUUCAUAUUGCAAAGUUGGUUUCGUGACUUUGACUUCCGCUGAUAACCACUAGCUUAUAUUUGUAUAAAUUUGUCCUUAGCUAAUCGUUUACCUGUUAGUGUGGUGUUGGAAGUGGAUACUCCUAGCUAGAAUUGUUACAAUUAAAAAAAAGUUGUAAGGGAAAAAAAAAAGAAUACAGAAUGGAAUCAGCUAUAGCUGGAAGAAGGCGGACUGCCACGAGGCAUUCGGCAGAAGAUCAAGCGCUCGAUCAAAUAGCUAAGGAGGCUGGAUUUUCCAUACAUACUUUCAGGCAGAAGCAAGACUAGCUGCUAGGAGACAGGCAAGAGCAGAAGCUAGAGAAAUUCGAAUGCGUGAAUUAGAAAAGCAACAGAAAGAAGCAGAAGAGAAUGCUGACAGAGUUUAUGAUAUGUGUACAGCUGAUGUAAACAGAACAAUGAGAGUAACCCCAGAUCCAGUGCGCACAUCGCGACUUCUUACAAAUUCCAACAAUUUCCAGUCGAGCCGUCGAUCUUCAGAGGAUUCAUUGGAAGAUGCGGGAUUAAGCAGAGAUAUUAGGCUGGAAUUGAAGGAAUUUGAGGAGAAAUUCCGGAAGGCGAUGAUAGCAAAUGCUCAGUUAGACAACGAAAAAUCAUCUUAUGCCUAUCAAGUUGACUUAUUAAAAGACAAGUUGGAGGAGUUAGAGGAGACAACGGCACAACUACGUAGAGAAUUGAGAGAAAAGAAUCGAGACGUUGAGCAAUUAAAACGGGUCAGUCAGAGACUAAAAGAAGAUUUAGACUUGUGCAAAGCACAAUUGUACGACAGGGAUGAACUUAUAAAAGAGAACGGUUUAGUCAUCGUUGAAUACGUAAGUGAAGAUGACGAUUAUGAAAAUACUGAAAAUGGACCAUGUCACCCUAGGAGGGUACUAGUCAGUACGGAAGCUGCGGAAUUAUUAGAAACUGCUGGUAAAGGUUCGCUAGAUGUCCGACUGAGAAAAUUUGCUUCCGAGAAAAAAGAGUUGCAGGAUGAAAUACGACAUUUACGAUUGGAAUUGGAAGAGACCAGAAGUCGUGUAAGAUCGGAGAGAUCAUCUGGCUCAGUAUUAGGUUGCUUAUCAGAUAACGAUGAUAUUCAGCGUGAGGCAAAUAAAUUGUUGGCAGAUUAUAAAUUUAAGCUGCAGAAAGCGGAACAGGAUAUGUCUACUUUGCAAGCAACAGUAGCUAGACUAGAAAGUCAAGUGAUUCGUUACAAGUCAGCCGCGGAAGCAUCUGAAAAGGUGGAGGACGAAUUGAAAGUGGAAAAAAGGAAGUUACAGAGAGAAGUGAGAGAAACGCAAGGUCGCGUAGAAGAAUUGGAGACAGCGAACUCCCAUUUGCAAAGGCGAUUGGACAAACUUAAAAAUGCAAAGUCGGCCCUUCUAAAGGAACUUUGACGGAAUGAUGUUUGCAGAGACGUAGAAUGAGUCUGUCGUUUACUUAUACCCUGAAGAGACGCCCGUGUGCCGAUGUUGCCUCGAUAUUAAUACUACUUAACACUUUGGAUGUAGUUUACAAAAGCGAAGAUUACGUAUUACCGUUAUAACACUUCACAUUGUAGUGAAUGUCAUUCGGACAUAGAACCACAGGAAAUCGCUGUGGGGAAGUUCCCUACCUCUUACAUCCACAAAGUCUUUGAUACAAACUUUGUUACUCCUGCAUUACAUCCCUUAGUAGAACAACGAGAGACACUUUUUAAUACAUUUCACACGUUAAAUUUUUCUACGAAUUUAUAGCAGUUAAUGGAGUCGAUGUAGAACUUCGAAUUUUUAUAUAAGUGGCAAGUGAUCACAAAUAGUGCAUUUGUUUCUGCCUCACAUCUCCUUUUCUCUCACCUUGUUUCUCUCGUUUUAUGGUGGAUUCAUGAAAAUUAUUUCAAAUUACUAAUAUAUAUUUCUAAAAGCGUAAAAAUAUUUAUAUUACAAUGAGCGUUAAAUGCUUUUUACCGUAUUAAAAUUAAUGCGGCAGAGUAUUUUAGUAGUUUCUUCCUUUACCUAUCCCUGUGAUAGAAACGUAAUAAGAAUUCCGUAACAUAAUACACGCAUCUAGGAUAAGCAUAAUAUUUAAAUUUCUAGGCUAAUAUUGUAAUUCCCAUAUGUUAAAUGAAAUGACAGAAUCUUAACUGAAUUUUAUAUAUACUGCUAAUCAAAUUGCCACACUUAAUGUUUACUGAACAUUUUAUAUCCGAAUUGUCUCCGGAACUAAUUCUUAUAACGAAUUAUUGGUACAUUCAUUCAACAGACUGAUGUGAAGUAAAGCAAAAGUAGAUGUAUGAUAGUGUGGUCUUUGUAAAUUUAAAAUAAAUUAAAAUAUGUUGUUGAAUAUCUUUUA